AUGGAACCUUCUGCAGCCCAAACGGAUGAUGAGGAAGAGUUGAUGGAUAUUGUGGCUGCCAGAAGCCGGGGGGACAAUAGAGAGGCGGAGCUCAGAAAGCUGGAAAUGUUUGAAUCGGAAGCCCAACAGAGAGUAGAUGAACGAGCAAAGAGGGAGGAAAUUGGGUUCCAGUCCUCGCAGCAUCAUCCCAGCACAACAGGGGACAUCUCCACGGGAGAGGAAAAAAAGGAAGAUGAUGAUUCUAUUAUUUUGAAGCCAGUGCAAGAUCAAAUAAACAUUCAUCAACAAGUUACGAGCGAAACUCUGUCAGCAGAAGCUAGUCUGAAGGAUGAGCUUGCUAUUCCGCAACGAAUGACUUGUGGGCAAAAUCAGUCAUAUACGGCUACCAUGCAUCCAGGAGCAUAUGCAGUGGCCCCCGGGAACGCAAUGAAUCAAAGUACGACAGAUAUCCAAACCACCACUCCCACAAACACCAAUAGUGGAUUGGCCGUGGCAAACCCGGUGGACGAAAAUGAAGAACCUGCACAGAUUGCUAUACCGGGCCAUUUUCACAGGGAAAACAGAUCAACCUCAAUGACUCUCAUGAUCCUUGUGCUCGUUGGUAGCAUUCUCAUCGUUGGAGUAAUUGAUGGUUCCAUCUGCGGUGCUGGUCUCUGCAGCAACAAAGAUGGUGAUGUGGAGACUCAGGCUCUCACUUCCUUUCGAUAUUUUGUUUUGGAGGACAUUCAAAACAGAAUUGAAGAGGAAUUUGGACCCGACUAUUUCCCCAAAAAUGAGGAGCCAGAACCCACCCAGCCAAAGUUCGAGGCUCUUGAUUGGAUCGUUUUUGAGGAUCCUCUGCAGCUAAACCCAGAUGCCAACAAUCUUCUACAGAGGUUCAUUGUGGUAUUGACUUACUUUCAAACAUCCCAGGAGAGCGAUUGGCUUGAUUGUGGGCCAUCUACAACUGGAAACGAUGAUACAUGCUGGAUUCAAACGCAGGGUUUGGAAUCAUUGGAAAGUCGGUGGCUUGAAGGUGUCCAUGAAUGUCAAUGGGCAGGAAUUUGGUGCGACAGAGAGAAAAACGUUACUCAGUUGCUGCUCAUGGACAAUGGAUUGAACGGCCCUCUGCCCACAGAACUUGCAAGUCUUCCAGCACUGGAAUCAAUAGAAAUGGAUGGGAACCAACUAACAGGAACGGUUCCAAGCAUAUAUGGCAGCUUGGUUUCCCUUUCUUCUCUCUAUCUCUCCCACAACCAACUGUCUGGAACUAUUCCUGUGGAAUUGUUUGGGACCAACCUCUCCACCAUAUAUUUUUUCAACAAUUCUCUAACCGGGACAGUGCCCACAGAAGUCGGACUCUUUGAUGGGACGUGGCUUGGAUUUGGUUCAAACAGCUUGUCUGGUUCCAUUCCCACGGAGGUCUUUCAGGUUGGCAAAGGAACCCAGCUCCGUGUUGAGUUCCAGCAUAAUUUGCUUACAGGAACUCUUCCCACUGAAAUUGGAGCAUGGCAUGGAAGUUAUGUCUUCGACAUUUUUCUGGGAUGGAAUCCUUUACACGGAACCAUCCCAUCGGAAAUAGGGCUUCUGAAAGGCAAUAUCGGAGUCCUCGAUAUCAGUUGGACCAAUAUGGAUGGCUCCCUACCAGAGGAACUCUUUAUAGAAUGUAACAACUUAGCGGGACUUCGGGUCUCUAACUGUGGUUUGACUGGGACAAUCAGCACUGGACUGCAGCUUUUGACACAGCUACAUACCUUUGACAUUUCCAGAAACAAGUUCCAUGGCACCAUCCCAGCACAGCUUUCUGCUCUGACAAAGCUACAUCGGUUUAUUGUGAAUGGGAAUGACCUUUCUGGUUCCAUUCCAUCAUCUGUCUGCACUCUGGCUGACCCCACAAAGGCAUACUUUGAUGUGGUAGCUGACUGUAUGCCAAGGGGUGGCACAGGCAAGCCCAUGGUAGAUGCCAAUAGUAGAAGAAGGAGACUUGAAGAAGAAGACGAAAGCGCUCAAGAUUUGCAAUGUAUUGGGUGGGUUUGGACGCGACUGCGAUUGUCGGCCACCCGCAAUCUGUAUAGUAGUGCCAUUGACGAUGUGGAACUGAUUCGCGAGUACUUUUCCGAAGGGGUGGGAAAUGGUGGUUUGCGAGAUGGCAUGUCCCAACUGGACGAUCUGGAGCGAGUUUGGAUUGGCAAGCCCUACUUGUGUACUAGCUGCGGCUUCCUGUACGGUGCUUGA